GAUGUUUAUGUUUUAAGCCAGUUCACUUAUUUUCUUUUACUUAAUCAGCUUACUUAAAUUCUGAGUGUGACUUUUAUUGUUUUUAAAAGUGCAAAUAGUAAAAAGAAAUCAGUAUAAAGUUGUAUCGUGAUGUGUGUUAAGAACUUUCCCGUUUUGUAGCAAGUAGAACUGACCUAAACUUUGGCUGGAUAUUCUCUAUACACAACAUUCACUGAUGAAAUUGUAUGCUCCUGCCUCUGAUUAACUCCUAUUGUGCUUAUUAGCUAUUAAUAGAAUGGAUUACAAAAUAAGAAAAGAAGUAAUUCAUGCUGGAAAAGAAUUCAAGCCAAUUGGUAAUGGCUCAAAGGUUUACUUUCAUUUUCAAACCAAACUAUGUGAUCAAGAUGAAACCCUGAUAGAUGACAGUCACAAGUUGGGAAAACCAAUGGAGUUGGUUUUAGGUAAAAAAUUCAAAUUGGAGGUUUGGGAAACGAUUGUUCAAGCCAUGGCAGUUGGAGAAAUAGCAAAGUUCUCCGUUGACAAGAGUUUAGUGGGAUCGUACCCGUUUGUAUCAAAGACCUUGAGAGAUGCGGGCAAACCCAACUCUCAAAGAGUCCACUGCUGUGGGACGACUCUUCAGAAUCAGGGCAUCGGACAUGAAGAUCUCAAUCAGCUGAUCAAAGAGCCACAAGAUCUUCAGUUUGUUAUUGAACUUCUGAAAGUGGAAAACGCAGGAGAAUAUGAGAGGGAAAGUUGGCAAUUGUCGGAGGAUGAGAAGUUGGCAGCAGUGCCACGACUACGAGAACAGGGUAACCUACUGUACCAACAGAAACAAUAUCAAGCUGCCGCUGACAAGUACGCUGAGGCCAUCGGCUACAUAGAACAACUGUUGCUAAAAGAGAAACCUCGAGAUGUGGAGUGGAAUGAUUUAAAUGCCAAGAAGCUGCCUCUCCUGCUAAACUACGCACAGUGCAAGCUCCUACUGAAGGACUAUUAUCCAGUGAUCGAACACUGUUCGACUGUUCUAGAGUUUGAACCAGAAAACGUCAAGGCUCUGUUCAGACGAGGCAAGGCUCACGGAGCUGUGUGGAAUAUGAAGGAAGCAAAAGAAGAUCUUGAACGAGCUGCAGAACUGGAUCCAUCCCUUGGCUCGACUGUUCGCGCGACGCUGUCUUCAAUAAGCACCACGGUGAAACAGCGAGAUGCCGCGGUCAAGGAACAGCUGGCUGGAAAAAUGUUCUAGCGUAGCCGUUGCGAUAUAUUUUACUGUCUGAGGGAUCAAUUUCUAACCGACUGAUCUUAAAAUUUAUUUAUACUAAACCUUAACUUUUUAUGAGACUGCGACGUCCUUAAACUAGCUUUUUAUAAUAAGUAUUUUGAUGUAUAUUGUGUGUUUACAAACUGGUAAUGUACUGGCUGUCAGUGCUCAAAAUAUAUGUUAGACUAGUAGUAGAAAGUUUAAAUAAUUUGCCCAGUUUGUUAAAACAAUCUUGUAAAAGAUUUAUUAUUCCUGAAAUUAGUGUGUUCAAUGUUUUACUACUCAUAUAACUUAAUGUGUUAUUACUAAAGUUAUCUCACUUCCAAUUAGUUUUACAGUCUAACCUUGAUAUAACGAACCUUGAUAUAACAAAUUCCUUGAUAUAACGAAUUUUUUUUAAUCCCCUAGAACUCUCCAUAAGACACAAUGUAUAUUUUACCUCUACAUAACGAACAAACCAUAACAACCACCUUGAUUUAACGAAUUUUUCGUGAUUUCGGCUAAAAUAAGACACCUCAAUAUAACGAAUUUAUCAUUGUCAGAACCUCUACAUAGCGAAUUUAACCUCUGCAUAACGAAUUGCCUACAUCUUUCCCUCGAUAUAACAAAUCCCCCACCCAAUUAUUGUUUUGGGAAAAACUGUUUCUUUAUCAAAUGAAAUGGAAAGGUCACGUCAUCGCUUGCGCUAACAUUCGUCUGCUCCACACAUCUCUGUCUACUGUCGCUGCGCGCGCUAUGUUGCAACUUGCAACUGAGAACUGAUUUCAUUCACUGAGGUGAGGACUGAUGACGAGGACGACGUAAUGUUCAGUAAGCUGUGAUUGGGCGAUAAGUAACUAUGGGGAAUUGUACAAUUUUUGGAUAAAGAGAAACCUAAGAAAGAAUAUAAAAACAAAACCAAAGAGAAAGAAUAGCAACAUCAUUAUUUUAACAUUCCUUUUACGAGCGUUUUUAUUAUCCUUAAGUUGGCUAUGAUUAUACACUUUUAUAAUGACUUAUCUAAUAAUUAAAUUGUUUUCAAUACGAUUUGUUUCAACUAGCAACACCAAUGCUGAUUAUUAUUGACAUUCCUCUGUUGUGAUUAAUCAGUACUGUACUGUAAGUAGCCUACCGGCCUAUCGCGAGCAGUAGCUUACAAAACUUUCUGCUGUUUUGUUUUGUUCUUUGUUCUUUACAUGGUUUAUGACUACACAAUACAGUGUUUGGAUAGGUUUUAGGAGGGUUAGAACAAGCUGUGAUUUUAAACUUACAGUUUUUAACCUGUACCAAGGUCAAGCCAAAAAAAAAAAACAACUCAAACAAUACUUGAUUAAACGACCAUAUUAUAAAUUAACUAGCUGACCCGGCGAACUUCGUAUCGCCUAAGUUAUAGGUUUCCCCUAAGACAGACCGAUGGAAAGAAAGUACCGUUACGUUUAAUUUUCAAGAUGAUCUCGUUCGCAUCGCUCAAUCACGUCCUGGUUGAAGUUCGUUCGCUACGCUCACUCACCUUUGGGUUGGAGCUCGUUCGCUACGC